CAUGAAUGGCGAGAAAAAGGAAAAUGUGUUCUUGACCGGCUUAUAUCACGAACAUCAAACACUGCGGUUAGGAGAAUAUUUGUUGCAGAUCGUUUGGCAAAUUUAGAUAAUUAAAAAAGAAAAGAAAAGAACGAUAAGUGGGAUAAUAAAUGGGUCCUGGCGCUAACACUACAGCAUGUCAAGGUAAAUCGAACGGUUUCCAUAAAGAAAACGAGAAACUGUCGAAUUAUGAGAAAAUAAUCGAGGAGGAACGUGCGGACACUAUCCAGCCGACACUGUCACGGCCUCCUCUGAUGCGCCAUUGCAUCAGCCAAGCAUCGUUAGCCAAUUCGUAUCUAGCGGGAUGUCCUAUAGAAAAUAAUGGUGUGAAGUCUUCACCGGGCAAGGAUUCCGAAUAUUCACCAAUAUUUCGUUCAGGAAGUUGUUCCGAGAUGGGUCCAAAGCCAUACAUGGAGGAUGAGUUCAUAUGCGUUGAUAACCUCUCCGAACAUCUUGGCUCAUCCGCCAAUGGUUUCCCUUCUCCCGGUGCAUUUUAUGGGGUGUUCGACGGUCAUGGAGGCACAGAUGCCGCUUCUUUCACCAAGAAGAACAUCUUGAAUUUUAUCGUUGAGGAUUUUGACUUUCCACAUGGGAUGAAAAGAUCCCUAAAGAACGCUUUUGUGAAAGCCGAUCAUGCGCUCGCAGACGCCAAGAAUCUCGAUCGAUCGUCUGGGACCACUGCUCUCACUGCCCUCAUGCUUGGAAGUAUUCUUAAAUGUGUGUGGCACCAGCUAUCCAAGGACCACAAGCCCGAGUGCACGUCCGAGCGUGCCCGGAUCGAGAAGCUCGGCGGGGUGAUCUACGACGGGUACCUCAACGGGCAGCUGUCGGUGGCGCGUGCCAUCGGGGACUGGCACAUGAAGGGUGCCAAGGGGUCGAGCUGCCCGUUGAGCUCCGAGCCAGAAGUGGCCGAGGUGGUGCUCGGGGAGGACGACGAGUUCCUCAUAAUAGGGUGCGACGGUGUGUGGGACGUGAUGAGCAGCCAGUAUGCGGUCACCGUGGUGAGACGGGAGCUCAUGGCGCACAACGACCCGGCCGCGUGCUCACGCUCGCUAGUGCGGGAAGCCUUACGGCGCAACACGUGUGAUAACCUCACGGUGGUGGUAGUGUGCUUCUCGAGGGACCCGCCGCCGAGGAUAGAGGUGCCCACCAGGUCGCACAAGCGACGGAGUAUAUCGGCCGAGGGGCUUGACUUGCUCAAGGGCGUCCUGGCCGAUGCGUGA